AUGAAAAGACUAAAAUGCCUCUCGCGGAUGGAAGCAGUCCCCAAACUGGGUCAUCGUGUAUCAUCGUGGGCGCAACACCACCAUUUCAUUCUCGUCAUCUCUGUAACUGCAAUGAUGUUCAUUGGUACCUUCUGCGUCGCUUCCAUGCUAGCGUUCGAACUCGACCUUCAGCUGGACACGCAGUGGGACGGAAAAGUGGAAGAUUUCCAGUACUCCGAAGAUGGGACGUACAUUGUUCCAAACAUCGUGCACUUCAUCAGACUCGGCAGUGCAUCCUUGCAGUUCGUGGAAGUCGUGUGCGUGCGGGCGGCGUGGUUACAGCAACGGCCCGACCACCUCAUGAUUCAUUGCGACGAGUGCAACGCAACCGUGAACAGUCCCUUGUGGUACCUCAUUCGGGACAUUCCGGAUCUUGUUCUUGAACCUGCCAAGAGACCUACAGAGAUCUUCGACGUCAAGUUCAGCUCUCUGCAGCAUGCUUCUGACGUAGUCAGGGCUCAGGUGCUGAUGAAGUACGGUGGAAUAUAUCUAGAUAGUGAUGCCUACCUUGUUAGGAACCUGAAUCCUUACCGCCGAUACGAACUGUCCAUGGGAUGGUCUCCAGGGGAGUUUGUUGGCACGCAAGUGAUUGUAGCCCAUAAGAACGCUCGGUACCUGAGACUCUGGUACGAGUCCUACCGUCUCUAUCGACCGAGCAUAUGGUACUGGAACGCCGGAGAGCUUCCCACGAGGAAAUUUUUGGCUUUGAGGCCGGAUCUCGUGAACCGUGUUGAAGCGGACUUUGGAGUAAGCGAAGACGUGGCGAUUACGCUUUACUUGGAAUGUAACGACAAGUGGAGGAACUUUUCGGCCUUUCACCUCUUCUUUCGGCAUAGGCGUAGGAUGGUGCCAUCGGAUUUUAAGAGGCACAAGGCGGUGACGCUUCAAACUUUGCCCAAUUACGACAGAAACUUUGGUCAGAUGGCGCGUCUGGUGCUCUCUGGUAGCACGCGGCUUGGCGCGAGCGCGAUAAGAUGUGUUGAGUGGUUUUCCAAGAACCAACUGGACUAUUCUGAUCGCAACUGUUUUUGA